AUGGACCAGUCCAACAAAUCAUCCGUGAGAUUCGGCCAAUCCAGCAGAUCAUUCGCCAAAUCCAACCUGCCCGAGGUUGCGAACUACCCCCCUCGAGAUGGUCAAGCCGGUCCACGUUACGUUCAACAAGUACGUCAAGGUCAGCAAGGCCAGCGACGUCAAGUUAGACGUGUUUCACAUCAACAGGUUCGCAACCGUGAGAUUCAACGUGAAAUACGUCACGUUCAGGGCAACACUCGUCAAGUUCACCGUGAGGGUCGUCAGAAUCAUCGUCCGAUUCACGUCUACAAUACCCAGCCGACCUACCUCCACGAAAACCAACAACCGUACCAUCAAGUGGUCUACCGGGCCAUCGACCCACCGUCCACUCACCAACGUGCCGCCAGAACGCUGGAGUCGCUGCUGAACCGCAAGAAGCAGGCUACGUCACAUCCGCUAAACCAGUCAUCUGGAGACGAAAACGAGCCUCCAACUGGUCCUUCUGGUACUCAUAGCGCUACUUUUGCUGGUACUACUUCUUUCAAUGGUGCUGGUCUAAGUGGUACCACUUUGGCCCCGUUUUCGGCUUCUACUGGUGGCUCGCUUCAACGCAGUGCCAUUAGCACAGCACCAUUCUCGGCUUCAACUGGUGCUAUCAAUUCUACUACUUCAGCUGGUACUGUUGAUUCCCAGUCGACUUCAUUCGCAGCUUCAAAUGGAGCUAUUGGAACACUGCUGAACUCAAGUGGACCAAAUGGUUCACACGCGUACCAAAACGGUACAACCGUUUUGAAUGGAGCCCCAGGCACUGCCGUCCACAUGACCAAAAUCAGGAUCACACGUGGAGCCAAUGGUGCCAACCAGACCCAGUACCUCGUCCGCCGUUGCCCAGCGCUUGCUGCUCGGGCGCCAGUGGCCAGACCCGUCUUGUCAUCGCUUCCUGGUAAAUACAACAGCCCCUGA